AUGGAUUUAAAAUGUAUACUAACAUUAUCUUGUUUUUCUUUAUUGAAAAAUUCGCAAGGACAAGAACCUUUCAACCGUGGAGUUGUGAAUCCAGAUGCAAUAUAUUUCAAUGAUGGGGGAAUUAGAUAUCCAAUGAAUGUAUUGCCUCUCGAUAACAGGCAAGCCAGCUUGACAAAUCUUGAUGCCAAUUACUUGCAAGGAAACCGAGGAAAUGUUAUUCCAGCACAAGCUCAAGCAAUUUCUCAACAAAAUAGCAAUUUUGCAAAUAAUCUAAAUGUACAGAAUCAAAUUCAGAACCUUAUACCAAGACCAAGUCCUAAUACGGAAUCUCCAUAUUAUGGACAAAACUACAUCAAUAGAUUUGGUAAUGGGAACAUGGCCGGUAUUAACAGAAAUAUAAAAAAUGAAACUUUUAGUCCAGUAUCCCUGGCCUUAUCUGAUUUCAGUAUAAGACUGAUGAAGAGUAUUCCGAGGCAGCAAGGUAACUUAGUGGUGUCACCAUUCUCGAUUGCGACUCUCUUGGCUCUUCUCCAGCAAGGGUCGCUGGGUAGCACACAGCAGCAGAUCACAGUCGCCUUACAGUUAACACCUAAUCAAGCGGCUGAUGGAUUUAGACAGUUGACGGAAACCUUAAAUAAACGUUUGUCUUCAAAUAUUCUCAAUGUCGCAAACAGUAUAUUUAUAGCCGAGGGAUUCGAAAUCAAUCCAGCGUAUAAAAGGAUUGCCAUCAAUGACUUCUUAAGUGAAGUGAAUCCCAUCAAAUUCAACAGGCCUGCAGUGGCUGCACAGAAGAUUAACAAUUGGGUGGCCUCAAAGACCAACAAUAAGAUACUUGAUUUAAUUACUCCAGAGGCUGUUGCUGCGGAUACUCAAUUGGUUCUAGUCAAUGCAGUAUACUUCAAAGGUUUAUGGGCAGUAAAGUUCAAGCCUGAAUCAACCAUGCCCAAAGAAUUCUACUUGAGCAACGGUGGGAAGAAAACCGCUGCGUUUAUGCGUAUGCGACGGUUCUUCAGGACUGAUUUUGACCAAACUAUCAAUUCGCAAGUCCUCGUAUUGCCUUUUGAAAAUGAAUUAUAUUCAUUGGUUUUGAUCCUGCCAUCGGAAGGUGCAUCUGUAGCAUCAGCAAUCGCAUCGUUAACUAAGGAGCAACUGUUAUCGUACCAAAAAUAUUCACCCAAGGAGGUCGCGGUAGAGAUACCUAAAUUCACAGUGAAAACCGAUACUGACCUCGUCUCUGUACUUCGAAAUCUCGGUAUUACGGAUAUGUUUGGCCCUCGAGCUGAGCUGUCUGGAAUCGGAGUUUACCGUGAAUUUUCACCGCAAGUUUCAUCAGCAUUACAUUCAGCUUUGUUAUCUAUAGACGAACAAGGAGGCGUAGCGGCAGCAGCAACCUCUUUCGGGGUUGUGGCUUUAUCCUAUGAUGACCCUUCAGUGAUAUUUAGAGCUAACAGACCUUUCUUAGCUGUUUUAUGGGAUAAUACAGCAUCUGUCCCAUUAUUUAUGGCCAAGAUCGAGGAUCCUGUGUCUUAA